AUGUCUUUAAUAAAUAGAGACACUAUUAAUAUAAAUAAUCGUGGAGCUUUUAUCCUUUUUGAAGGCUGUGAUAAAGCAGGAAAAUCAACGCAAGCUAAGAAGCUUUUCGAGUAUUUGAAAAAUAAUGGACAUUCUGUUGAACUUUGGAAAUUUCCUGAUCGAAAAACGACAAUUGGACAAAUUAUUAAUGGAUAUUUAGCAAAUGAUAAAGAAUUAGAUGAUAAAGCAAUUCAUUUAUUAUUUUCUGCAAAUAGAUGGGAGUGUAUGAAAGAUAUGAAAAAUUUACUUCUUAGUGGAACAACGUUAAUUGUGGAUAGAUAUGCAUAUUCUGGCGUUUCAUAUUCAGUUGCCAAGGGGAUGGACUUAGAUUGGUGUUGUUUACCGGAUAGAGGGCUGUUAAGUCCAGAUAUAAUUUUUUUUAUGGAUUUAACGGCUGAAGCAGCUGAAAAAAGAGGUGGAUUUGGCGAGGAACGUUAUGAAAAAAAAUCCUUACAAGAAAAAGUUCGUAAAAUAUUUUAUAUGUUAAAAGAAAAAGAUAAUGAUAGCGAUUCUUUAUGGAAAAUUUUAAACGCUAAUCAAUCUGUUGAAAUGUUACAUAAACGGAUUGUUGAAUCUUCUUUAAAGUUAAUUGAAAAAUGCCAUCAAUUACCUUUAAAAGAUGACUUGUGGAAAGCAACUUGUUAA